GGGGGAGGAAGGCGUGCCGAAGGGCUCCGGUACCCGGCGGCGGGAUGGCGGCCGCGUCCCCGCUGCCGUGGGAAGCCCGUGAGGCCGGGCCCCGGCGGCCCGCGGCCCCGCGGAGCGGCGGCGGGCAGGAAGCGGCGGCGGGCGGGGCUCGGGCCGCCCCAGCACUUCCGGGUCGCGGCGCGGCGGGGCCCGGGCCGCGCCUUGAUAUGGAUAAUGGAAAGGAUGAAAAAAGUAGGCCGCUCUGUGCAACUUCACAAGAAGAGCUGAAAGUCCGAGGAAAAGAAAAAAGGAAACGAAAACGCAGUAGAAGCAGAUCAUCAUCCAUUUCAUCCACAUCGUCUUCUAGCACUGCAUCCACUUCUUCUUCCUCAUCAUGCUCAUCAUCAAGGUCGUCUUCUUCAAGUAGCAGAGAUUCUCCUAAGUCUAAAUCAAAGAAAAAGAAAAAAGAAAAGCACAACAAAAAGAAAAGGAAGAAAGAGAACAAAAUGAAGAAAAAGAAAGAAAAGAAGAAGAAGAGAGAGAAAACAGGACCUGUUCAGCUUUCCAAGUUCUUUAAAAACAAAAAGAAGAAUGAAAACUACAGCAUGAUAACUGGAAAGAAAAUUAAGAUGAAAAUAAAGAAGUCUAAGGAGGAUAAAGAGAGAGACCGGAACCGUGCAGAACUCCUUGAAUUUCUGAACUCUGCCUUAUAAUGGGAAGAGUGCUGACCAAGGACUUGUAAAUACACCAAGCCGACGAUCAUCCUGCCUAGCAAAACACUAGAGGGAAACUCAGGGAAAAGGACACCAAGUUUGACAAGACCAGACUCUCCUGCUGAGAAGACAAUCGGGAUGUCCUUUUUUAAUGGCAAAGUGAAGAGUAACUGAUAACUUGUUAAUGAAGAUCCAUGUCCUCCUUUUGAGAUCCUAAGGUAAUAGCCAGGCUGUGGUGUUUUAGAAGAGCCUAAGAGUGUGUCACUGACAAUGAUAAGAAAUGACGCACUGAAGUUCAGUAAUGUAAUUUCUAUUCUAACUGCAUGCAGAAUGCUCUCUACUUUCAAAUGUCAUAAUGUUUCUAGUAGUUUAAGCGAAGCAGAGUAUUUGUAAAUGUCUAUUUGAAAGAUGAGGCGUUUCCAUAUGUAUAUUUUUUCCAGUAGUAGUUUUACUUGUCCUAAAGAGCAAGUUGACCUUUGUAAAUAGAACAUCCUUUUACAUAAAUGAUUUUUUGACAGUUCAUUCACUAAUACGUUAUUUUUUUUCAGGGGUUGAGAUAUGAUCUUUCUCUGGACAGUUUAUUGCUCUCUCUGACUAGAAAGUGUAACAGCAAAAUACUCUAGAGCAAUAAUGGUAGCUGAAUGAUUUUUAUCCUAAAAUAGCAGCAGGAAAGGACUCUUAAGUUUUGUUUGUUUAUCUGCAUCAGCUGUUCAAAGGAAGCUCGCAAUAGAUAGUUUACCCCCCACAUCUGGAGUUGCAGUUCCUAAACGUAAAAACUCUGGAGGUCUGGCCUGCCUUUCUGAUCCCGUGAGCUGUGUAUUGAAUCUUCCUCUGUCUGAAUUGCAGCAAGACAGAUCUUGCAUAUCUUAGUCAAAUGGAAAGAGGAAAAGCCAUAGGAGUAAUACCAAGGCAGGCAGUGACAGUGACCCUCCAGCUGUGUUGACAGUCCAGUGUGAGAUGGGGCAGGUCUGGAUAUGCAGCUGGACCCCGGCAUAACUCUGUGUGUGUGCGUGUGUGUGCUAGCCAUGGAAUUUGCUCAGUGCUUGUUCACUUCCUUCCAGAGCCUUGACUUUUGAAUAGCCAGCAGGUCCCUGUGUACAUAACCCUGAUGUGGGAAUUCCACUUCUUGAAUCCCUUGUGUAGCAAGUGCUCCUCGGGAACCACAGUUCCGGAGUGCCUGAAAAAAGGAGUCAAGGGUAGUUGACUUUGACAAGAAUAUCAGGGGUACAGUGGUCAGAGUGUGGGGAGUUCAUUAAAGAGCAAAUAAAUGGAAAA